AUGGCCCUGAGGGCCGCGCGGCCGCUGUGUGGGGCCUGCGCGCCGCCGCCGCCGCCGCCUCGGCCCUGGGGCUGCCGCGGGCGCUCGGGCCCCGGCCAGGAGGGCGGCGGCGCCGGGGACCCCCGCCCGGGCGCGCCGCGGGGCCUGUACGAGCUGCUGGGGGUGGCCCCGGGCGCCACGCAGGCGCAGGUCAAGGCGGCCUACUACCGGCAGUCCUUCCUGUACCACCCGGACCGCAACGCCGGCAGCGAGGCGGCGGCGCAGCGCUUCACCCGCGUCCACGAGGCCUACCUGGUGCUGGGCAGCGCCGCGCUGCGCCGCAAGUACGACCGCGGGCUGCUCAGCCGGGAGGACCUGCGCGCCGCCAGCAAGCCCUCCGGCAAGGAGGCCCGCGCCCGCCCGCCGGCCCCGGCGCCCCGCUGGAAGCCGGCCCAGGCCGCCGCCUCCGCCUCCGGCUCCGCCCCGCCCGGCCGGCCCGUCUUCGACUUCGAUGCCUUCUACCGGGCCCACUACGGCGAGCAGCUGGAGCGCGAGCGCGGCCUCCGGGAGCGGCGGCGGGAGUGGCAGAAGCGCCAGGCCGAGCGGCGGGAGUGGACGCGGCCGGAGCGCCUGCAGGAGCUGGCGGCCGCCGCCCUCUUCUUCUCGGUCCUGGCCGUCUUCUUCAGCCUCAAGUGAGCGGGGCGGAGGAGAGGCCGCCCGCCUGCCCGCCCGCCCAAGGCUCUUGCCCUCGCCCCUGGCGGAGGGGGCAGAAGACGCCUCUCGGACCGCCCAAGGCUCUUGCCCUCGCCCCUGGCGGAGGGGGCAGAAGACGCCUCUCGGACCGCCCAAGGCUCUUGCCCUCGCCCCUGGCAGAGGGGGCUGGGCCUUGCCAGGCCAAGGAACACAUCUCCCCAUGUCGAAGGGCGGCAGCUGGGCCGACGGGGCAGAAGACGCCUCUCAGGCCACCCAAGGCUCUUGCCCUCGCCCCUGGCAGAGGGGGCAGAAGACGCCUCUCAGACCACCCAAGGCUCUUGCCCUCGCCCCUGGCAGAGGGGGCCAUGCCGGGCCGGGCUAAGGAACGCAUUUUCCCCAUGUCGAGGGGCGGCAGCGGGGCCGACGGGACAGAAGACGCCUCUCGGACCGCUCAAGGCUCGUGCCCUCGCCCCUGGCGGAAGGGGCCGUGCCGUGCCAGGCCAAGGAACGCAUCUCCCCGUGUCGAAGGGCGACAGCUGGGCUGAUGGGAAGAAGGCGCCUCUCGGACUUACGGGGAACUUCGCUUCCCCACAAGCUUCAUCUGCGGUUGCUAGUCACACAAUACACAACUUCAGAAGGUAUUGGCAGCAGCCCCAGAAGCAGCCGUGGAAAGCAAGGGCACCAGAACUUGGUCCCAAUUAAAAAAACCUAUUUCAA